AUGGAUGUCAACUCGCAGAACUUCUGGCUUGUCCUGCCUGGACUUCUCCAGAGUCUGGCUGACUGCGAUUUCGCUGUCAUCGACUUGGAGAUGUCUGGUGGCGUCACUGACCGUGAUGACUCGCGGUACAGUGGUCUCUCCGGCAAGGAGCUGUCGUACGCCAUGGCCGCCCACGCUGCCACGCAGUACAACAUCCUCGAGUUCGGACUGACCUUGAUCAAGAACCCCAAGGACAAGAACUCAGAGUUCGUGACUACCACGUACAACUUUGCCGUCAACAACCUCUUCUUCCAGGACACCAGAGACGAGUAUAUCUUCCAGCGCUCGCAGGAGCGCGUCAUCAACUUCUCUGUCACUGCCCUCGACUUCUUCAAGAAGAAGGGCGUUGACCCCAUGACCCUCAACGGCUUUGAAGGCGAACAUCGUGCCGGCGUCCCUUUUCUGAGCCGCAAGGAGCGUGAAGAGGCCAUCGAGCAGGCCAUCCGCGACAGAAAGUUCACGCGCAAACGCCGGGUCAGGGUCAGCGCCCGUGAAGCCACGAUCAAGAAGCAAUCGUGCCUCAGCAUCGUCUUCGAAGCCCUCUGCGGCGGCAACUUUCUGGAUCUCAUCGACACGGUCGAGCUGUCGGUCACGCUCGCGGCGUGCCCCGGCUGGCGCAACAACAUCGGCGACCUGCAGCGGCACCUCAACAAGUGCCAGACGGCGCUGCGGGCCAAGCGUCCGGUCCUGGUCGGCCACAACAUGGUGUACGACCUGACGUUCCUCUACGACGCCUUCGUGGGCUGCCUGCCGGCGACGCUCGCCGGGUUCCAGUUCCGGCUCCUGGCCAUCUUCCCGCGCAUCAUCGACACGAAGGUCCUGGCCGUCCACAUCAACCACGUCGACGGCAACGACCCCCUGGGCGCCCUCUACAACGACUUCAAGCACGGACGGCCCGAGAUCACCCAUGCUCUCGGCUUUGGCUACAACGUGGACCAGGGCCGCGCCCACUCGGCCGGCUUCGACAGUGAGUCCCCCCCCCACCCUCGGUCCCCCUCCGACCUGGGCCGUGAUGAACGUCCGUACGGGAUGGCUGACGGAGCGCAGGCUACAUGA